UUCCUAGCUGUCCAGGACGCCUCAGCAGCCACAGCCCUCCCUCCCUCCCUCCCUGGCUGCCUCCUUCCCCCUUCCCCCCCAUCCCCUGCCCUGGACUCUGCAAACAUGAGGGUCUUGACCUGCCUCUUUGCAAUACUGGUGGGGAACCAGGCUACUGAGCGGCUACGCCUGGCUGAUGGCCCUCACAGCUGUGCAGGACGCCUGGAGGUCUGGUACAGCGGGCGCUGGGGCACCGUGUGUGACGAUGGCUGGGACCUCCGGGAUGCUGCCGUGGCCUGCCGUGUGUUGGGCUGCGGAGGGGCGCUGGCCGCCCCCGGGGGUGCCUUCUUCGGGGAGGGCACCGGGCCGGUGUGGCUCAGUGAGCUGGCCUGCCGGGGCAGUGAGGGACAGCUGGGUCUCUGUCCACACCGGGGCUGGAAAGCCCACAUCUGCUCUCAUGAGGAGGACGCAGGCGUGGUUUGCGUAGGUCAGCGUGCAGCCAACUCUAGAGAAGAUUCAACGUCCCUGCUGGAUGGGGACCUGUGGCAGCUACUGUCUGGGGAGCUGAGUCCCAGCUCAGAGGAGCCCCCCGUGACUCACACUCCCCAGCCAGCAGCGAACUCCCAGAAUGGCCCCCGCAAGAAGAACCCCCGGCCACCCAAGCAGACCAAGUCUACGCGGGCCCCUGUACUGACAAAUGGAGCUCCCCGCCAAGAGCGCCUGCGCCUGGUCUCCGGUCCCCAUGGAUGUGCCGGCCGCCUGGAAGUCUGGCAUGGCAGCCGCUGGGGAACCGUGUGCGAUGACGGGUGGGACCUCCGAGAUGCAGCAGUGGCCUGUCGGGAGCUGGGAUGCGGGGGAGCGCUGGCCGCCCCCGGGGGUGCCAGAUUCGGACCUGGUGCAGGACCGGUGUGGAUGGACGAUGUGGGGUGUGGAGGAGGAGAGCAGACCCUCCGGGACUGUCCCCGAAGCCCCUGGGGCCGGAGCAACUGCGACCACACGGAGGAUGCAGGGCUGGUCUGCACUGGUCCUGCACCGAGGCUGCGCCUUGCUGAUGGUCCCCACGGCUGCGCUGGCCGCCUGGAGGUUUGGCACGGCGGACGCUGGGGGUCGGUGUGUGACGAUGCUUGGGACCUUCGUGAUGCCACCGUUGCCUGCAGGGAGCUGGGCUGCGGGGGCGCCCUGGCCGCCCCAGGGGGCGCCUUCUUUGGGGAGGGGGCUGGACCCAUCAUCCUGGACGAUCUCAGGUGUCGGGGGAAUGAGACAGCCUUGCGAUUCUGCCCUGCCAGGCCCUGGGGCCAGCAUGACUGUCACCAUCGGGAGGAUGCUGGUGCCGUGUGUGAUGGCAUGCCUCUCGGCGAUGUGCAACCCACGGCCCCCGCAGCGGGCAGCAAUACCUCAGUACCCAGAAUUCUGUCUACCUCAGCGGGUCAGACCCCAGGCCCAGCAGGCAGGUGGCCGCCUCCUGUUUCUCCUACUGCCCCUCCAGAGCCCGGGCCCGAAGCCGGGUCUCCCCAGUUGCGCCUGGUGGCUGGACCCAGCAGGUGCUCUGGCCGCCUGGAGGUAUGGCAUGACGGCCGCUGGGGGACGGUUUGUGAUGACGGCUGGGACAUGAGAGACUCAGCUGUGGUGUGCCGGGAGCUGGGCUGCGGGGGACCUCGGCAACCAGACCCUGCGGCUGGCCACUUCGGCUGGGGCGCGGGCCCCAUCUGGCUGGAUGACGUAGGUUGUGUGGGGACGGAGGCUUCGCUCUCAGAAUGCCCUGCUGCUUCGUGGGGGAAACACAAUUGUGCCCACAAUGAGGAUGUCGGGGUUACCUGCACUGGGACCCCUGGCCUGGAUACCAUCUCAGACCCCUUCAGCUGGAGCUGGCUCCCUGGGCUGGGUAGAGAUCAGGAUGCCUGGCUUCCGGGAGAGCUGGCCACCAAGCCCUCCCCGAGUCUCACCUCCAGUGUGCCAGAGAAAACCACAAAGUCUCCAGGGAAGGCACCCAAGAGUACCAAGAAGUGGGUGACUAAAAAUGCAAAAAGACCAACCACUCAACCCCCCGGGAUACCAACCACUAAACGCUCCAGGGUCCCAGGUACCCCAAGCACCCCAAAUCUAACCCCACGUACCUCCGAGUUACCGAAAAGAUUGACCACGGAGGCUCCCCGCAGACAGACGUCACAUACCACUGUAAAGCUGACUCCUAGGGUCCCCUGGGAGUGGACCUCAGAGACUGCAACAUCCCAGUCCCCUCAAGAUCCCCAAGACCUGACCUCGGAGGCCACCAUCACGCAGACCCCUCAGGCCUCCUUGGAGCCAUCUGGUGAGAGCCCAGAAGCUUCCCCGGAGUCAUCCCGAGAUCCAGCCCCCACCCCAUCUGCUGGAGCCCCGAUGCCAUCAGGUCCCUUCCGGGUUCGUCUGGCUGAUGGGCCCAACAGUUGUGCUGGCCGGUUAGAGGUGUGGCACGCUGGCCUGUGGGGGACAGUCUGUGAUGACAGCUGGGACCUUCGGGAUGCCACGGUGGCCUGCUGGGAACUGGGCUGUGGAAAGGUCCGGCCCCGAGUGGGCAAAACCCACUACGGCCCUGGGACCGGGCCCAUCUGGCUGGAUGACAUGGGCUGUAAGGGGACUGAGACCUCCCUGAGUGACUGCCCCUCGGGGCCAUGGGGAAAACACAACUGUGACCACGAGGAAGACGUGGUGCUCACCUGCACUGGCUACACAGAUGACGACGAUUAUCCCUCCUGGACUUGGGACCCCACUUCAGGAGAGGACCUGAGCAAAGGGCCCACUGUGGCAGCACAGCCUGGACAUGCUCCUUCCUGGGCUGCCACUAGAAACCCUCAAGUCCCCUCCGCAGGAACUCAGAGGCUUCCAGACACAGAUGACCAGGGUAGUUACGAGCUCUCCGGGACGCCGGAAACUCCUACGCGAAGGGGUGUGUCCAGAGGGACGUCCACCACAACCAAGCCCCGACCCACUGUCGCCAGCGGCACUGGCAGCAAGAGUCCGGGCCACCCCUUUCCGGCUCCGAGGGCCCGUGCAGACGCAGGUUCCCCAAGGAAGCCAAAACCCGAGCGCCGGCCGCUGCGGCCCACUCCAGCCAGGACAGCACCCACCAGCUCAUCCCCAGCUGCCUCCCCCGCGCCAGGAGCUUCCGGCUCACGGCUAACCUCUGGCUCCUGGCCACAGUUCAUCCCUUACAGGGCCCCAGAGCGGGAGAGGACCGCAGGCGCCCCCAAAACAUCUCCGCCCAUCCCGGGACGACCUCUGACAACCUCCGACGUCGCCUUGUCCACUUCGGACGCCGGUUUGCUUCCCACCGGGACCCCAGAGUCCUCACGCAGCCCAACACCCUCCUCCCCGAAAGGGCUAACCUCUGACUCCUCUGCGCUGUCAGGAGCGACCAGCCUUCCCCCUACCUCGGAGCUGACCCCAGGAUCCGUCACAACCCCGGAUUUGGGCACAACACCCGAAAUAGUCCCAGAGAGUUCUGGUACCUCAGACCUCCCCAUGAGCCCCAGGACCCCAACACAGCCAUUAACUGCCCCUCACCCCACCACGACCUCUGAACCCACCACCGUCCCUGAGCCCACCACCACCCCCGAACCCACCACCACCCCCGAAUCCACCAGCGUCCCUCACCCCACCACCACCCUGAAGCCCACCACUGCCCUCGAACUCACUACUACGCCUGAACUUACCAGCAUCCCUCACCCCACCACCGCCCCUGAACCCACCACCACGCCUGAGCCCACCACCACCCCCGAACCCACCACCACCCCGGAACCCACCAGCGUCCCUCACCCCACCACCACCCUGAAGCCCACCACCAUCCCCAAACUCACCAGCGUCUCUCACCCCACCACCACCCCUGAACCCCCCAAAGCUUCUCAUCCUACCGUGACCCCCCCUCAACACACCACAAACCCUCAGUUUCCUAGGACCCCUCACCCUACCACAGCGUCUCAACCUUCACCCAACCUGUCUCACGCUUCCUCAGCCCCCGCCACCGCUGCCAAGUCCCUUCCAUCCUCCCCGGAGACAGACUUUCCCUCCCUCGCUCCAGAGCCAAGGGUCGAGCCUGGCCCACACCCGGGGCUGACCUUUGUGGGACCCCCUCUCACAAGCACAUCCCAGAUGCACAGCCUAGAGCCCUCUGCAGCCUCCGAGACUGGCCCCUCCGGGUCCUCCCCAACCCCAGGCAUGGACCCGCUAUCCACGGAGGUCUUCAAACCACCCAGUAGUCAAAGCCCCAAGUUAACCUCUCCAUCUGUCCAGACCUCACGCUCGGCCCCAGACCCAACUGUGGCCCCCGACCUUCACCUCGCUAUGGCUCCCCCGCUGGAGCAACCCCCCCCUGACCACCUCACUCAAGGGCCACCCCCUCAUCACAACCCAGGUCCCCUUGGGCCGUGCGUGUCCCCAGCACCCCCGGUAAGGGUCAUGGCUUGUGAGCCACCUGCCUUGGCGGAGCUGGUGGCGGCCGUGAGGGAGGUGGGUGACCAGCUGCAGAGGCUGACUCGGGUCUUGGAGCAGGACCGGCAGGAGCGCCAGGUCCUGGGGCUGGGCCUGCUCCGCUUGGCAGAGGCUGCCCAGGGCCUGGGGCAGCUGACGGAGACCGUAAAGAGACUGGCAGAAGCCGCCCGGCCCCCCAGCACACCCGUGCCCGCCUUCACCACCACCACGGAGGAGGAGAGGCCCCUAAGGGGAGAUGUGUGACCCGUUCUGAAAUCCGGGGUGCUAGAGAUACAAACAGACAAACCAAAGCAUCUACCAA